UUUAAGAAAUUGAAUGAGCAUUUAGAAGCAUUGAAGGAAAAUGAAUUUGCUACAUUUUUGACAAACAUCAAUAUAUGUAAAAAGGGUAAACAGUCCCAAAUACCUUACGAAAAGAACAAAAAAUUGCUAGCAUAUUUAGCUGAUUUAUGCAAAACUCACGAAGAAUGUUUUACUGAUUUAAACGUUAAAUUUACAUCAGCCAUUGUUGAUGUGUUCAACAUGUUUAACGACAAGUUGGAUAAAACUCUGAAGAAAGGAAAUGAUAAAGACGAAUUCGAUCAUUUCUUUGAAAAUUUUGAAAAGGAGAAAAUAGCCGAUCGUGCUGUUUUAUAUAGUCAUAAAGUUGUAAAUGGAAUUCGGAAAAAGUUGCAUUCAAAAAAUAGCAAAAAUGUUGGUGGUAAACAUGGGGAAGAGCAUAAGAAGGAAAAUUAA